AGAGAGAGAGAUGGUGAAUGCGUUUACAGUAGUGAAGCCAUUGUUGCAAGGGCUGAUGAAGCUAGCUGGGAUGACACCCAAAUUAGUGGAGAUCGAACCAGGGACAGUAAUGAAUUUCUGGAUCCCAAAUGAAACGAUCAAAAGGAAUCAAAAUCAAAAUCAAAACCAUACCAAUCACAAAACCAACAAGCCUGCGGUGGUACUUGUUCAUGGCUUCGUCGGAGACGGCAUUAUAACAUGGCUAUUCCAACUAUUGGCUUUAAACGGCAGGUACGCAGUCUACGUGCCGGACCUCCUCUUCUUCGGCGGCUCCACCACCGACAGCCACCACCGGUCAACCACCUUCCAGGCAGAGUGUUUGGCCAAGGGUUUGAGGAAGCUAGGAGUGGAGAGUUGUACACUGGUGGGUUUUAGCUAUGGAGGUAUGGUUGGGUUUAAGCUGGCCAAGUUGGCCCCAGAUUUGGUUGAUUCUUUGGUGGUUUCCGGCUCGGUUCUGGAAUUUACUGAGUCCAUUAGUCGUGCUUCGCUGCAGAAGAUUGGGUUCUCACGGUGGUCGGAACUUUUGUUGCCGGAGACCAUUGAGGGUGUGAAAGCUAUGCUUACAGUGGGUACUCACAAGUUGCCAUGGCUUCCUGAUUUUCUUUACAGAAACUUUCUGGAGGUACUUAUACUCUUGCUUACACCCUAG